UCAGCGAGUGAGCGUCGUCGUCGUGAGCCAGCAGAAACACACAUCGAGUGGUUGUGGCGCGGCCCCGGUGUGUACUCUACUGUGUGUGUGUCGCCACGGUGAGGAUUUGUUAACAAUAACAAUACAUUCAUAAUAAAUAAUAUUUAUUUAUUAUUUAAAUAUUUAAAUAUCAACAAUAAAUUUAAAUAUCAGCAAUAACAUUAAUAAUAAAAAUAAUAAUAAUAACUUUUGUUACCGUGGUAAUAUUGAAACAAAUAAUAAUAAUAAUAAUAUAUACAUCAUAUAUAUAUCUAUAUCUAUAUAUUUGUGUGGGUGAAAUAGUGUGCGUGGUCAUAUAGGGCCUUUUCAAAAUGGCAGACAGGCGGCCCGCGGAUGAAGCCGCGGCCACCGACCUGAGUGACGAUAGUCGCGUGCUCCGUGAACGACACAAAAAACGCGUGGUAGAAAAUAAUAAAAUAACGACGAUCAUGACGACGACAGUGAUGACAAAUUGUUCAAGUAGCAAUAAUAUUAAUAAUAAUAAUAAUAACUGUGGUGAUGGUGGUGAUUAUUGUAGUAGUAGUAGUAGUAGUAGUAGUUGUGGUGAUGCUGGUGAUUCAGUGUCGGUUUUAUUUGAUGUAAAUAAUCAUCGGUAUCAUCAUCAUCAUCAUUACAAUAAUUCACGAUGUAUUGUUGGUACAACGCAAUGCAAUAAUAGUGAUAAUGAUUGUGAUUUUCAUAAUAAUCAUGAUAAUAAUAAUCAGAGUAAUAAAAAUUGUGAAUUGAUUAAAAAAUUUGUUAGUAGUAAAAGUGAUAUGUAUGAAAAUAGUGAUGAGGAAGAGGAAGAUGAUGAUGAUGAAGAGGAUGAUGAUGAUGAUGAUGAGCAGGAAGAGUAUGAUGAUGAUAUUGUACGUAAGAAUAAUAUCGAUCGUGAAAAGAUAAACAAGGCGGGGAUUUUGAAAAAAUUGUCUGGGAAACCAACACAAGGUGAUAAAUUAAUGGAGGAACGUAAGAGAAAUAUGGUCUUGGAUUUGGAGCGACGUGUGACUAAUGAAAAUUGUAUGGAGGAUAUUGUGGUUUUGAGAGAAUACGGAGCAUCUGGUGAUUGUAAAGCAGAUGGCAAUAGAGAGUCGAAUUCGACAUCUUCAUUGACGAUGGUGGUCGAUGCUGCUGCGGCUGCUGUUGCAGUUUCAGCGAUUCCUGAAACUGUUAAAGACUUGCAUCAGCUAAAGCUUAAUAAUCAGAAUCAGCAGCAACAGACGAAAAAAUCGUUGCCGAGUGAUAUUGAGGUUGUUGCUAGGUUCGGCUCUUUUAAGGGACAGAUCAGACCCGCUGAAGACACCCUUGUUGGACCCUGCGGCAAGAAGCGAUGCGCCGAUCGAUACGACAGUUCUGAGAGCUCCGACAGUGGUGUCGCAGUAUCAUGUGGAGAAUGCAGCAGCAGUGGUACGAGCGAUAUAACCGAACCAGGGUCACCAUGCAGCACAAGUAGUGACGAAGGCGUUGCGAUUAAUGGUAAAGCGAGUCCACUGCCAUCACUGACCAAACUGGCACCGCAGAGUUCGACUUUGUUAAAUGGGACCAGGCCCCAGUGGCCCUGGACCCCGCCACUUGCAGCCACUGCCUGCUCAACCUUCAAAAGACUCAAUAGUGAACCCGAAGUAGGAACACUGCCAAAAGUUGCUGCCGCUGACCCAAUAGUACGCAGCACUAAGACCUCUAAUAAACUUCAAAAUAAUCAACAUCAUCAACACGAAUCGCAGGGGAAGAUAACUGAGUACUUUAAGACUCAGAUAAAACCACAGCAAUUUAAAUCGAAGAAAAAUUCAUCAGACAUGUCUGUAAUGGUAGCAAAAAAUUCCCCGGAAUUCCGUCGACCUCUCACAGUCCAACGUAAUAAAGGAGGCAUAGCAAAGUACCUGGGUGUGGUUACGCCGAACAGUAGAUCUGUCGUUAAUGACUGGGAUGUAAAAUCAAUUUCGAUUUCAUCCCAGUCAGCAAACAAAAAAUUAUCAUCAGUAACACCAAGGGUCAGUGUAAUGAAAUUAGACAAAAUUUUUGCUAACAAAACAUUACCCAGCUUGCCAAUAUCAAGCGACGUACUGUCGAGUAUUCCUGGACGUAAGAUAUCGUCAUUAAGACUGACCGGGGAAGCGAGUCCUAAACCUAGCGGAGAAUCGCCACCUUCUACACCAACACCGACUUUAGAAGCCAGUGAAUUAAACGUUGACUUUGAUAAGAAAAUUCCUAAACCAAUAGUCAAUGAUAGUAACAAAAAUUUAACGAGUACAUGUUCUAAUAUUAAUAAUAACUGUAACAACAACAAUAAUAAUUGUAGUAACAAUAACAAUAAUAACAACAACACCAACAACAACAAUAAUAAUAAUAGUAGUAAUCAAGGACUCAGUUUUUUGCGAUUCUCGCAGUCCGGUUUAUUUGGAACUAGAGAAAGUAAAGUUGAACCGGCUACUGUUAGUUCAAUGAAAGAAGACGACGAUGAAGAAGAAGAAGAAGAAGAAGAUUCCUCGAGAAGUAGUGAAUCGAAACCUUCGAGCUCACCGAUUCUUUCCACGCCGACUACCAUAAGAUUUCCAGCCCGAGUACCGACCAAAAAUGGGGCGCGAGCUUCCGACAGCGGAGUUUGUAGAUGGGACAAGUGCGGGGCCAUCUUCGAAUGCAGCAGCGCUUUCUUUGAACACUUACAAACGGCGCACAUCAACACACAAACUGGCGGAGAUAAUUUUGUUUGCAAUUGGCAGGGUUGUAAAGUUCAAGGCAGAACUUCCUGUUCAAGAAGAUGGUUAGAGAGGCACGUUCUUUCUCAUGGUGGAAAUAAACCGUUUAGGUGCAUCGUCGACGGAUGUGGCAACAGAUUUAGCUCACAGAUAGCUUUAGAGAGACACGUUAACAACCAUUUCAAUCAGUUUGAGACGAAUAGCAACAGCAGCAGACGAAGUUGUGAAAAUGGCGGUAAAUUAGUUCGUAGAAAUGGAAAGAAAUUGAGAUACAGGAGGCAGCCGUGGUCAGCGAGGUUAUUUGAUUACUUUGACACCGGAGUGAUGGAGGGCCUUCAACAUAGAUUAUUAGAAUUAGCCAAGUCAAGAACUCAAGGUCAGCUGGCAAGCACACCUGGAAACUCAAUGGCCCUAACUAGUCAAGUCUUAGCUAAGAGAGUCGAAACAGAUGGAAAAACUAAAGUGUUGUUGCGUUGGUACCCCGAAGACAUAACGCCAGACGAGUGGGUCCUUGAGUCUGAGGUAAUAAGCAAAAAACACAUAGACAUACGUAAAGCAGCAACUACCUCUAUAGACGAGGUAAGUUACGUUUUAUAUCCCGCCGUACAAGGAGGAGCGCCACCUGUAACACGAGUAAAACAGCGCCGAAAACCGGUUAAAAAUUCGUGAUAAUCAAAUAAAUAUAUAAAUCAAUAAAUAUAUACACUCAUAUAUAUACAUAUACAUAAAUAUAUAUCUAUAUAAGAAGAAAAAAAAUGUCUCACGCCUUACGCUAGAGCUAAGACACAUCACGUAUAGAGAAGCUAAAAAAAUUAAUUUAUGACUGAGUGACAAAUAUUUUUUUUUAAUUUCAUUUAUCACGAUGACUCAUAACUGCCAGAUUAAUUUGCAUUUCACCAAUAAUGCGAAUUAAUAAAAACAUAUAUAUAUUAUAUAUAUAAAACAAGACAAAUAAAUUAAUAAAAAACUGCUGAGGAACAUCAGUGGAACACACAGUGGAGUAAAUGGAAGCAAACAUCUAUUUGGCUGAUAUUUAAAAUAAAAUCAAUCAAGAAUCAGCGACAUCGAUUCUUAAAAUUAUUAUUUUAAUCAAGAAGAAGAAGAAAAAGAAGAAGAAGAAUAAUGAAGAUUUAAAUUAACCUGAUUAUGUUUUAAAUCUGAUAUUCUAAAUGUUACAUUAGCACUCUAAGGUCCUAACUUAUAUAAUUACUAUAUAAAUUUGGCCUGUAAAUAAUUAUGUGAGAUUGAGUGAUAAUUAAUCAAUGUAAUAGUUGAAAUAAUUUGAUAAAUAUGUAAUUUAAAUCGCCUUUAAUCAUUGAUUAAAAUUAUAUGUUUAAUCUGUGAUUUAAUCCAUAGCCGCAGGUAAGUCUAGAAGUGUAAUAUUUGGUCCGAAUAAGUGCCUCGCUGUUGGAUCGUAAAGGUCGUUAGUAAAACUGUCUGUUAAAUAAAAUACGUGGGCAGUAUGAAGAAAAAAGAAAUGGUUAUUAAAAAUAAUAUAAAUAAAGAAUGAAUGAACAAAAGUGCUGCAGAAUUUUGUUAAAAUUAUACCAAUAAUUAAAUGUUAAUAAUUAGCAUAUAAUUAUAGUACACAAACAAAAUAAUCACUCUGGUGGCCUUAUGUACCAUUUGUUAUUCAAAAAAAAAAUAAUACUAAUACUAAUAAUAAUAAUGAUCUUAGACACUUCUAGACUUACCUAAUUUUUGUUAUAAAUUGAGAGGAUUUAUUUUAAAAUUCACUCAGUUUUGACAAAAAUUAAUCACCUAGGGUUUUUUAAUUUAAUUAAUUAAAUUAUGCAGAUUACACAAGUCGUUAAUAUUUGACGAAAGAAAAAAUAUUUGGAAAAAUUGAAACUAAGUUUGAGGCUGAUUACCGCGAGGUUUUUUUUUAUUUAAAUUAUUAAUUUUAUGAAGAUUUCUACUCCAUUAGUGUUCUCUGAUAUUUAUUUUAUUUUUAUUUUUAAAAAAGUACAGCAUAACAAUGCAGGUAUAUGAUUAUAGUUGAUAUUUAAAUAAAAUUAUUUUUUUAUUUAUUUUUAAGUUACACGGAAAAAAGGAUUUCUUGGCGCGAGAAAAAUUUUUCAUUAUCAAAUGAAAACAAAAAUUUUAGCAGGACUAGAAAAAUUUCUGAGCACAAGAAAUUUUUUCUCGCCUCAACAAAAUUUAUGUUUUAAAUUCAUAAAACAAACAGAUUUGUAGAGCAAAUAAAAAUUUUCUUGGGACGUGUAAAAAUUUUUUUUAUCAAAAAUUUUUUUUCUCGCCCCGAAAAAAUUUUUCUUACCUCAAUAAAAUUUUAAGUUUCAAUCAGCGGCUGAGUAGCAUCGAACAUGAUCACUACUUGGCUAGGUGACCGUUUAGCUAGACGUCGGGUUCGAACAUUUCUGAUCGUUAGUCGCGGGAUAAAGAUCCAGGGAUUGGUAAAUUGGGAAUUUUAUCGAUCACUGGAGCUUCAGCCAAACCGAAACUAUACUGGCUAGGUUUUCUCUGGGAUCUUUCUAGCCACUGCACUUCCAUUGCACAAGGGACGUUGUAGGGCAUCACCGUAAUAGUGCAGUACAGUAUAAGCACAAGUCGGGCCACAGCCACACAAUGAAGGCAGAAGGAGAAGUAAAGCAGUUUGCGAUAUAAAAGCAAAAAGUGUAAAAAGCCAAAGAGGCUAUACACUGCAACAAUUAAUAAAUUUAAAUUUUAGUUUUCAAUUCAUAAUUCAAACAGAUUCUUAGGGUACAUAAAAAUUUUCUUGAUUUUUUGCUUCAAAAAAAUUUUUUUCUCGCCUCAAGAAAAGUUUCGUUUUAAAUUUAUAAAAUAAACAGUUUCUUUAGGGGUAACGGUAACCGAUUUUCAAUUCGAUUUAAUUUACGGACAAACACUAGAAACCUAAAAUAGAGAGUCUUUAGGGUUUUUUAAAACCUUAACAGUGGACUAGAAAUUUCGUAUUUCCAAAAAUUCUAAUUCGUCUCCGAGAAAAAUUGUUUUAAAAUUCUCAUUUACUCAACGAGUGCAACAAAAAUAGUCCCGUUUAUUUUUCUGAGUGUGAGAAAGAGGCCCGGUAGCGUAUCCUUUAAGGAAAAUAAAAAUUUUAUUCUGACAAGUAAAAAUUUUUUGUUUCAAGAAAUUUUUUUUCUCGCCUCAGAAAAAUUUUUGUUUUCUAUUUAUAAUGCAAAUAGUUUCUUAAUGUAAAUAAAAAUUUAGUUGGGCAACUAAAAAUUUUUCGCGCCAAAAAAUCCUUUUUUUGUGUAUAAAUUUUCAUAUGAAAUUUAAGUAUUAAAAUUACAUUUCACUGCCUAAUUUGAAACUUGUGAUAAACGUAGUUACCGAUAACAUUAUUUGCUCAAUAAUAAUAUUAUUUAUUAAUAAUAUAUUAUUUGAUUUUCUAUUGAGUUGUUCAUUCAUAGUAAGAAAUUUAUUUUUUUUUUUACAAAACAAACUGCGUUAUGCUGUACGAAUAAAUUUAAAAAAAAAUGAGCUGAUAAAUUAACCUUGUAAAAAAAGGUGAUAAAUAUAUACCAAGGCUGUGUUUAAAUUUUUCCACGCCUCAAGCUGGGGUUAAAAACUAAUGGACAAAGCAUCAGUUAAAUACUAAUAUUUCGUAUUUAAAUUUAAAUCAAGUAACGAUCGACGAUUGAUUAUUGGCUGAUUAUCAUUUUAUUCAAGAACGUAACCUUUUUAUAAAAAUAUAUAAAUAUAUAUAUAUAUAUAUAUAUAUAUUAGUAGUAGUAAUUAAAGUAAUUAAUGAAUUGAAAUAUUAUUAUUUUAUUGUAAAUUUAGUAAACAAAGUGCUUACGUUCUUGGACAGAUUACGAUAAUUUACGAUGGUGACAAUGUACACAUAUGUAGUUCAGCUAAGAGUUAUUUGUAAAAUAUAAGUCGAUUAAGAUUAAGAAUUUACGAAAAAGAUAUAGAGUGAGUACAGAAAAGAAAGAAAACGAAAAAAAAAAGAAGUGAAUGCAUGAGAGUGAGAAUUAUUGUUUAAUAAAAAUAAAAAAACGUUAAUGUCGACGUUGUUAUUAGACAAUAUAUAUGUAGAUACAUAUAUAUAUGUGUGUGAUGGAUAAAACAGACAUGUACACACCAGCUAAGGUACACUGCCAAUACGUGUAAUUUAUAAUUAAAUAAUUAAUGAAUUAAUUGAGUAAUUAAUUAAUGAUAAUAAUUUGAAAUAAUUAUAAACGAUUAAUUAAUAAAAUUUUGUCCGCGUUUAUGGGCCCGAAUUACGAUUAAUAAAACUGCGAUAAAAUGCUCGAUUAUUAAUUUUAAGUACGCGAUUAAAUGCAGCCUCGGUCAUUUUUUUAUUUUUUAUUUUAGAUUUUAAUAUUAGAUUUUUUUUAGUUUUUUUUUGUAAAUAAGUUGUCGUACAAAGGCAUGCGUGCAGCUAAUUAACGCUUAUUACGCAUGUAGCGUAAUCUUUCGACUCUUGUAGAGUCUGUUUUUUUUUUAAUUUUAUUUUAGUAAUUUUUCUUCCAUUUAAAAAAAUAAAAUUUAAAAAUGAAAGGCUGCCACGCACAAUUUAACCCGACGCCGAAAUAAUUUAAAUAUUAUAGGGUAAUUUUAGAUAAAUUAUUAUUACUGAUUAGAAAGCCUCUAUGUAACGUCACUGCCAAAUUAAUGCUGCCUAGUAUUUCUUUUUUUUUAUUAAUGUUUUGUCGUUUUACAUUUGGUUGGUUAUUAUUUUUUUUUUUUUUCAGUAACUAAGGUGGUUUGAUCGUAAUAUUUGUAUUGUUAUUGAUUGUUACAUUAGUUUUUUUAUUUGGUGAUGAAAUAAAAAAUGGAGUUGUCAUAAUUUUUAGAAAUUUUAAAUAUUUAACGGAAGUUAUUGGAAAAUAAAUCUAAUUCGAGAGAUGAUUUCAAAUUAAAACCUUUAGAAAAAUAUAUUUUAAUGAAUCGAGUCAAAAUUUUUUUUGAAAAUUUAAAAGUUACUGGUGUAAAAAAAAUUCGUUACAAAAUUUUUCAAGGGAACUUGAAAUUGAACUACAAAAUUGAGACAAUUCUGAACUUUGAGUUAAAGAUUUUUUGAAUUUUUAAAUAAUUUGAAGUGUGAAAAAGUUUCAACUAGUGUUGACUUUUCAUGAAAAUUUCUAAAGUUUUAAAUUUAAGAUUUUGUGAGUUCAUAAUUAGGUCCAAUCAUUAAUUUUUUGGACUAUUUUUGAAAAAGUUAAAAAAAAACUGACCUUUCAAAAAAGUUCUGAUAAAAGUCAGAAAAUUUUCAUAAACAUUUUUUCAAAUUUUUAUUUUUUUUUGCCUCAUCUGAAAACUUUGGGUGAGAGUCGAAAAUGUUCAUAAUUUCAAAUUGACUCCAUCUUUUUUUCAAAGUUCUUAAAAUCCAAAGAAUUUUUAAAUCAAAUUUUUGCUCAAAAGAAAAUUAAAAAAAAAAACGCGCAGGAAAAACCUUCACUAGUUAAAAAUUUUUCAGUUCCAAAAAUGUUCUACUUAAAGUUCAAAAUUGUCUCAAUUUUCAAAGUUUACAGUAGUAGACUUUUUUGAAUCGAAUUUUUGCGACACGGGUAUUAAAAAAAAGUGUAAUUGGUUUUUUGAAAAUAUUUCUAAAAAUAUUGAGUAAUUUAAAAAAAUGUAUGAACUCUUUUUUGUAGAGCUUUAAAUUCUCUACAAAAAAGUUGUCUUGUACUUUUUUCAAAAACUCAAUAGCUAUUGAGAUAUUUGGAGUUGAACAUUAAUCGAGUGUUCUGAACUCCAUUUGACUGUCAAAAGAUUUCAAAAAUAAUUUUUUACGUAUAAUUAAUUCUUUUAAUUCUUAAUGACAAUUUUUUAAUUAACAAUAAAAUAUUGAGACAACUAUUUUAAUAAUUAAAAAACAUUAAUUAGUAAAAUUACUUAUAAAAAUUAAAUUGUAUUAAAAAUGUAAAUAUUAAAUCUCAUAUGUUUUUUUUACUUAAUUAUGAAUUUUUAAUUUUAACAUUAAGUUAAAUAUUUCAUUGACUUUUUUUAAGAUUUUGCCACCUUAGAAUUAAAAUUUUGUCAAUAAUAUAAAUUAGGAUAACUAUAUAUUGUAUUAUAUUCAGAAUCAAGUAAUGCAAUUAAAAAAAAAUCAGUUAAAAUGUCACCUCCCUACUUUAUAUUAAUUGACAAUUUAGUCAUGUCAAUUUUUAAAAAAUAAAUUAUUUAAUUUAUUUUAACGCCUGCAUUCGAACAAAUCAUUUUUUUACUUAUAGUUUAAAUAAAAUAAA